UACUAGUACUAGUAGUGACAGUACUGCUCGUACACUACUACACUAGUACACUGACUGUCGUACUCGCAGUUCAGCGAAUCAGAGCAGUAUUACGGAAAGCCUUUUAUUAGUUUAGAGUUCAGACGUCGAUACGAUUGCUACAGAGUAGUCUAGACUGCAUCGACCAGCAACGCUCAUCGGUGUCAGCGUGUCCAGGUGUCCGCGGAAUCAAAGCAGCCAUGUCUUCAAUGAGUACGACGUAUCACUUCGGUUAUAAUCCCGAGCGAGUCGUCAGCGCCCACAGCGACGGGUUGAAGUGCCUCAUCUGUGAUCGUCUGCUCCGUCACGCGGUGUUGAGCGAGUGCGGCCAUCUCUUCUGCUGCUGCUGUAUACAACGCAAGACGAGACUUUCACAACUACAAUGCCCAGUGUCAGGAUGUGGCGAGUACAUCACACAAAAUAGCUGGCAUGCCGACCUCAGCACACGGCAGCAAGUUGACAACAUGGAAUUCCGAUGCGCCGCACAGAAAGACUGCAAUUUCAAAGGCAAACUCGCCACAAUCGAGGAACACGAGAGCACGUGUCCGUUCAUUGAGGUUCUGUGCAGGGUACGUAGCUGUAACGCACGCUAUCCGCGUGGCAAGGCUGAGCAGCACCAUUCCCGGUGCCAGUACGUCACCGAGCAAUGCCGCGCCUGCCAGCUACUGGUUCACCGCAUCCAUAAGGCAUUUCAUUUGAACUUCAGGUGCCCCGGCCGACGAAGCCAUGGCAACCGCCACAACUGUCAGUCAAGUGCUGACCAGCUGCAGUCCGAUGCUAGUACAUCUUCCACUUGGCAAGAAACGGGAUCGAACAAUUCCUCUCGACCAAAUUCUCCGACCAGUGAUACGGACCUGUCUCCUUCGCUACAACAACAGCCACGUCACCAGCAAGCAAGUGAACUACAUCUCCAACGGGCAAAUGAUCGGCAGCAGCCGCAAGUUGAAGUGGUGGAGGUGUGUCUGGCAAUUGCCAGCCACGAACACUGCAUCACGUCGCAAGCUAGUACAGCGGAAAUCGUCAACAACAACAUAUCAAGUUUGGAGAAAGAUAAGGUCACCCAUUGCUUUGGCGAAGAAACCAUUGAGUCCGGCAGGACUGCAGACAACGUGUUUAUAGAGCUCACCACUGUACCCAGGCCUAGCAGUCCACAUGUAAACGGAGACAUAUCUUGGAUAUGGCGGAUAGAGAAGUUCUCGGAAGCACAGGAGUUGGUUGCGAAUGGCAAGUCUCCCGUGUUUACAUCACAGCCGUUUGCAGUAUCUGACGCUAGUUACCAACUCCGUGCUAGACUGUACCGGCAUGGCAACGGGCCUGGCAAAGGAAGCCACAUGAGUGCCUAUGUCCUCUUUUUGAAAGGUGGAGAGUAUGAUGCUGUGCUGGAGUGGCCAUUCCCGUACUCACUCACAUUCAAGCUACUGUCACCAGGUCAUAGACAUGAGCCUCAGCAAGCGGUGGCUCAUAAUGGCUGCGACGUGCAGCAGUUGCUUGGAAACACGUGCGCAAACUCCCCUGGAUUCGGUUGUCAGCAAUUUGUCAACCUCUCUGAUGUUGAUAUCAGCGACUUUAUGUCGGACGACGGAGAUGUCUUUAUAGAGAUCAUUGCCAUGAUUGGCCGGGCGUAGGGCGUUUGCAUUGUGUGUGUGUGUGUGUGUGUGUGUGUUUGUGUGUGUGUGUGUGUGUGUGUGUGUGUGUGUGUGUGUGUGUGUGUGUGUGUGUGUGUGUGUGUGUGUGUGUGUGUGUGUGUGCGUGCUUGUGUAUGCAUGCGCUUGUGCGGGCGAUUGCGUGUGUGUAUGGUUGUUUCUGUGAAUAGCUAUAGAUGUGUGUAUGAAGGAGAGAGAGAGAGAGAGAGAGAGAGAGAGAGAGAGAGAGGGGGGGUUGAGAAGGAGAAAGAGAGAGAGAGAGAGAGAGAGAGAGAGAGAUAGAGAGAGAGAGAGAGAGAGAGAGAGAGAGAGAGAGAGAGAGAGAGAGAGAGAAGACAUGCGCACACGCCUCAGUCUGUUCCUUACUAGGCGAAUGCGAUGUUUACUGAGUUUAGUGUCUGCUGGUAAGCUUGACCCUUGACAUAGAGACCAUUGUGUAAGUGAUCACUACACGAUUGGGUUCUGCUCAAAGUUGAAAUCCCAUAGCAUAGAUGAUUUUGCCAGCUGAUUUCUAUGACUUUCUAGUGGGUACCUCAAAUUGAAAUUUCGAGAGCAGAUGCUGUUCCGUAUCUAUGUCACCACUGAUGGCUGACAAUUGAUUAUUUUCGUACACGUGCCGCGCUCCCCGCAUCGCUUACAGCGUGCUACUAGACAGUUUUGUCUUUGCUAUUUAUAACUGCACUGUACAUGGCAGUGUAUGCUCGCCUCUCAAGUGAUACAUCCGUGUAGCAUACCUGCCGGCCAUCCCGAUUUUGCCGGGACCGUCCCGAUAUCGAGUUGGGAGUACGACAUCCCGCCCGAUGACCGAAAGUGGCAGUGUGCGAUAGACUGUCAGUGCGUAAGGGAGGGAUCUACUCAUCUCCCCGGGAUCCCCCUUGCACUGCAGUCGAUCUACUCAUCUCCUUUGUACACUGCAGUCGGUGGGAAUGAUCUACUCAUCUCCCCCGUACACUGAAGUACACUGUGUCAUGCAUCUAUAUCUACUCAUCUCUCCCCCCCCCCCCCCCCCCCCCCGUACACUGAAGUACACGGUGUCAUGCUUCGUUCGCUUGGCAGCUACUGCUAGAUUUUAACAGUUUUCCCGCACCGCCUGCCGUAUUCCAUAAGCAAGCUGCCUUUUGUAUCUGUUUUCUAAUGCUAGUGCUGCUGUUUUCUAUGUUUUAAGAUGUAUAUCAACCUUCUUCUUCUUUUU